ACAGUGUGUGCAUGUGAUAUUUUAAAGUGUACUCCACUUAUCUAAUAAUCUGUUUAACUUUAUUAUAUAGACAAGUGUUAAUAAUUAGAAUAAAAAAUUAAAAACAAUGGCGAAGUUUUGCUUAAAAAAACCGAGCAAGCGCAUGCCGGCUAGUAAGAGGUAUAAAAUUGAGAAAAAAGUCCGAGAACACAAUCGAAAAAUAAGAAAAGUAGCUAAAAAACAGAUGCAUAAAAAAAAACAAAAAGUGAUCGAAGUUCCAAAUCAAUGCCCUUUUAAAGAAGAUAUUUUGAAGGAAGUAGAGGCCAUGAAAAAGCAAAAUGAGGAAGAGAAACUCAAGAGACGCGCAGCUGCGCGCGAAGCUUCACGCGAACAGAAGAAAGAAGAACUUGCUAAGACAGGUCUUCAGGGAUUAGUUUCAACUGCAGAGCUCAAACAAGCAGCACAUCAAGGAAUGGAAGUUGAUACGGUACAUGAGAGGAUAAGGGAGGCUAUGAAUAAGAAAGAAAAUUCAUUGAAAGCUUACUACAAAGAAUUCAAAAAUGUGUUGGAUGCAGCUGAUGUUAUUCUUGAAGUUGUUGAUGCUAGGGAUCCUUUGGGAACUAGAUGUAAAGAGGUUGAAGAAGCUGUACAGUCUGCAAAAGGAAAUAAGAAAUUGGUCAUUGUUUUGAACAAGGCAGAUUUAGUACCCAGAGAAAAUUUAGAUCAGUGGUUAAAGUACAUACGUGGUAGUUUACCAGCUGUUCCAUUUAAAGCUUCCACGCAAGCUCAAGUUUGCAGAUUGGGUAGAAAGAAAUUAGGAAGGAGGAAAGAAGAUAUGAUACGAAGUCGUAUUUGUUACGGUGCCGAACUAUUGUUAUCGCUACUUGGAAAUUAUUGCAGAAAUAUUGGAAAUAAAAAAACUAGUAUUAGGGUGGGAGUUGUUGGAUUGCCAAAUGUUGGCAAAUCUAGCGUUAUUAAUUCUUUAGCUCGUAGUAAAGUAUGUAGCGUGGGAAGUAUUCCGGGAGUUACAAGAACUAUGCAAGCAGUGCAAUUGGAUUCUAAAAUAAAAUUACUAGACUCUCCAGGAAUCGUUUUUGCUAGUUCUGAAGAAAACGCCAAUGAAUCUUCGAUAGCUUUAAAAAAUGCAAUAAAAAUUCAGUCUUUGAGAGAUCCAUUCACGCCAGCAACUGCUGUUAUAAAGAGAGUUUCCAAGGAAAUAUUAAGGGAAAUGUAUGCCAUAGAAGACUUUUCAACACCGGAGGAAUUCUUUGCCUAUAAAGCUAUUAGAAUGGGGAAAUUUAAAAAAAUGGGUGUACCCGAUACGUUGACAGCAGCUCGCAGUGUUUUGGAAGAUUGGAAUUCUGGAAAAAUCAGGUAUUAUACCGUUCCUCCGGAGCAACCAGAUUGUCACGUAUCCGCAGAAAUUGUAAGCCAAAUGAGUAAGGAAUUCGACAUUGAAAGUCUUGCCGAACAAGAAAAAAUGAUGCUCGAUACUUUCGAAAAAGAAAAUGUCGCGAAGAGAGUUACCGAACCAUUUUCAAUCGAAAGUUCUGGUCCAGUUGUCUCGGCUAUGGAGGUUGAAUUGCAGAAGGAAGCGCAAGUAAUUAAAGUACAGAACAAGUUGAAGAAAAAAGUGGAAAACGCAAAAAAGAAGUCGGACGAGACAAGGAAAAAGAAAGUGGAUCCACUUUCUGAAAUCGAGGGUAAUCAGAAAAUAAAUAAACUUAAUAAAAUGCUGUUUAAAAAAGAGAAGAAGAAUCGUGUUAGACAAGAAAAAGCAGCUUGUAAGUUGGCGGAUCAACUGGGAGGAUUCAACAUCAAGGCUACCGAUGAUUAUGACUUUAAUACAGAUUUCGUAGAAAAAGAUACAGUGUAA